CACCUGCGGAGAAAUGGAAAGAAUUUAACAAACCACCACCAGCAGCAGCAGUAGCAGUCGAUGAGAGAGAGAGAGAGAGAGAGAGAGAGAGAGGAGGAGGAACUUGACGCUCACGGCAGGUUCACCUGAAAACAUUCGACUCGCUCCUCCUUGAAAACACAGCGUUUGUAACCCUCAAUUUGCUUUCAAACCCGAGAACGAGACGGCAAAGCAUCCUCGAUCUGAACCCUGACUAUGGCUCUCAGAUUUCUAACUUUACAGGGAAUCAGAAAGACCCGUCGGAGAGACAGAAACAGCGUGUUUACCUGCGCAGGUGGAACGGAGUGAUUUCUGCACUGACUGGACACCAUGGUCAGACCCCUACGCUUGUGGAUCUUUAACGUGCUCCUGUGUUUCGGCAUCAUUUAUUCUAGGCUCGGGGCUCUUUCCUCUGUGGUGGCCCUUGGUGCGAACAUCAUCUGCAAUAAAAUCCCCGGUCUCGCACCCCGCCAGCGUGCCAUCUGCCAGAGCCGGCCCGACGCUAUCAUCGUGAUCGGAGAGGGGGCACAGCUGGGCAUUAACGAAUGCCAGUACCAGUUUCGAUACGGCCGCUGGAACUGCUCGGCGCUGGGUGAACGCACGGUCUUCGGACAGGAGCUGCGAGUAGGCAGCAGGGAGGCGGCAUUCACCUACGCCAUCACCGCCGCUGGGGUCGCCCACGCCGUGACGGCCGCAUGCAGCCAGGGAAACAUGAGCCACUGCGGCUGCGACAGGGAGAAACAGGGCUACUACAACCAGGAGGAGGGCUGGAAAUGGGGCGGAUGCUCAGCGGACAUCAAAUAUGGCAUCGAGUUCUCCCGAAAGUUUGUGGACGCCCGGGAGAUAAAAAAAAAUGCCAGACGGCUGAUGAACCUUCAUAACAACGAAGCUGGGCGAAAGGUUCUGGAAGAGCGAAUGAAGCUGGAGUGUAAAUGUCACGGCGUGUCGGGCUCCUGCACCACCAAAACAUGUUGGACCACGUUACCGAAGUUCCGCGAGAUCGGCUACGUCCUGAAGGACAAGUACAACAAAGCGGUGCACGUGGAGGCGGUGCGCGCCAACCGCCUGCGGCAGCCCACCUUCCUCAAGGUGAAGAAGACGCACGGUUACCAGAAGCCCUUAGAGUCGGACUUGGUCUACAUCGAGCGCUCGCCCAAUUACUGCGAAGAGGACGCCAAAACGGGCAGCGUGGGGACGCAGGGGCGCCUGUGCAACCGGACGUCGCCGCACACGGACGGCUGUGACCUCAUGUGCUGUGGGCGGGGCUACAACACGCAUCAGUACACCAAGGUGUGGCAAUGCAACUGUAAAUUCCAGUGGUGCUGUUUUGUGAAAUGCAACACCUGUAGCGAGAGGACGGAGGUUUUUACCUGCAAAUGAACGGACGGGAGGAAGCCAGUUUUGCACAGCAGAAUGUAUAUUUGCUUUAACACAGAGUUAAAAUACUAAACUCUAUCAGUAGGUACGAGCCCAGAAGUACAUGCACUGACUCACGCUGAAGGACUGCAGGAUACCAGUGCAUUCUGGGAUUUGUAGUGUGCUCGUUUCGCUCAUCUAGGGAUUCGGCAUAAGACAUUGUCUCGUCUGGAGACGCCGCGUUGGGCGGCACAAAGGAACUCGUUGAGUUGUGUUUAAGGAGCUCAGUGCAAAUCGAGGAUGUAUAAAAGCCUCCUAAAUGCCAACUGGAACCUGGUAGAGUAUGUUAGUUAUCCAGUCACACUGGAUCUGUCUGUUUGAACACUGAAAAUAAAUUAUUAUAUAUAUUAUAUGUUAUAGUCUCCUAAGGAACCGAAGUGCUAACGGGUAGAAAUGUCUUAUUUUGUACUAAGUGAAAAAAAAGAGAAAUGGAAACAAAGACUUUGUAGAAACUCGUGACUAAAGAUGUCUUACAGAGGGAAGCGAAAAGGCCCCGCAUUUUCCGACAGAAACGUUUAAUGGCUAAUGAUGUGUUGACUUCCGAAACCACUGUCAUUUUUUUUUUUUUUUUUUUUUUUUUUGCUCGGCUGAUGCAUGUUAACAUCGGUUCAUCUUUGCUGAAAUCUAGCCGUAGUUCUCAUUAAGGUAUGCGAUAGACAUCUGGGACACUUUUUUCUUUUUCCAACUUAGCUAAACCAGUGUCUAUGAUUCAAAGAUCCUUCCUCAGUUCAUGAAAUGUGGAACGAGUAUAUUUCUGGAUAUGUUACAGAGUGCUGCACUGAUAUUUUUUCUAUUCAGAUAAGAUGCAAUUAAAAGUAAAAUAAAUAUCAAGUUGACUGA